UUGGUUCCGCCCCUGUGUCAGAACCUGAGUUGACCAUCACCAUGUACCGCAGCGCACUCAGCAACCUGCAGCGAUUUCACAGCCGCGCCUGGGCUCUGCUGCACCGCACCGCUGCUGAAACACACACUCGGACUCCAGGAUUAUCUCACAGCUGCUUCAGGAUGGCGAGUUCAGAGUCUUACAGAAUUGAACGGGACACUUUUGGGGAGCUGAAGGUGCCGAGUGAUAAAUACUACGGAGCUCAAACUGUACGAUCCACCAUGAACUUCAAAAUCGGCGGCGUGACCGAGAGGAUGCCGAUCCAGGUAAUUAAAGCAUUUGGCAUCCUGAAGAGAGCAGCAGCGGAGGUGAAUAAGGGCUACGGCUUGGACACUAAGCUCGCCGACGCUAUCGUCCAGGCUGCAGAUGAGGUGUCUGCUGGGAAACUGGACGAGCACUUCCCCUUGGUGGUGUGGCAGACAGGCUCAGGAACGCAGACCAACAUGAACGUCAACGAGGUGAUCAGUAACCGGGCCAUCGAGAUCCUCGGGGGCAAACUCGGCAGCAAAGACCCCGUGCAUCCCAACGACCACGUCAACAAGAGUCAGAGCUCCAACGACACGUUCCCCACCGCCAUGCACAUUGCUGCAGCUAAAGAAGUGCAUGAGGUGCUGCUGCCCGGCCUACAGGCGCUUCACGAUGCUCUCGCCGCCAAGGCAGAGGAGUUUAAGGACAUCAUCAAAAUUGGUCGCACGCACACACAGGACGCUGUGCCACUGUCGCUAGGACAGGAGUUUGGAGGCUAUGUGCAGCAGGUGAAAUACAGUAUUGAGCGAGUGAAGGCGGCGAUGCCCCGAGUGUAUGAGCUGGCAGCAGGCGGCACUGCAGUGGGCACGGGACUAAACACUCGCAUCGGCUUCGCUGAGAAGGUGGCCGACAGAGUCGCAGCGCUCACAGGCCUACCCUUUGUAACUGCACCGAAUAAGUUCGAGGCUCUGGCGGCCCACGAUGCCCUGGUGGAACUGAGCGGAGCUUUGAACACUGUGGCCGUCAGCAUGAUGAAGAUCGCCAACGACAUCCGCUUCCUGGGCUCAGGGCCUCGCUCAGGCCUCGGGGAGCUCAUCCUGCCAGAGAACGAGCCCGGCUCCAGCAUCAUGCCCGGUAAAGUGAAUCCCACGCAGUGUGAGGCCAUGACCAUGGUGGCUGCUCAGGUGAUGGGGAACCACGUGGCCGUCACAGUCGGAGGCAGCAACGGGCACUUCGAGCUCAAUGUGUUCAAGCCGAUGAUCAUCAAGAACGUCCUGAACUCUGCCCGGUUGCUAGGCGAUGCCUCGGUUUCCUUCACGAAAAACUGCGUGGUUGGAAUUCAGGCCAACACGGAUCGAAUCAACAAACUGAUGAACGAGUCUCUGAUGCUCGUCACCGCUCUCAACCCUCACAUAGGUUACGACAAAGCUGCUACCAUCGCCAAGACUGCACACAAAGAGGGUUCAACGUUAAAAGCAGUUGCCAUCAAACUGGGUUAUCUGACAGAGGAGCAGUUCGAGCAGUGGGUCCGUCCCCAGGACAUGCUCGGCCCCAAGUAAAUUAUUCCCAUUACAAAGCGUGGAAAUGCUUCAGCGAGGCCUGUCUUUUUACAAUAAAGUGUUUCUUUUUUGGAA